AUAAUUAUUUGCGAAUGCAUUACGGAAGCGAGGCAGGGCAGGGGGCACGCACUCGCAUUCGCAGAUCGUAGUAGUUAAGACUCAAAAGAGUAAAGAGUAUAGAAAUGGAAAGCUUGCAAUCGCUAGGGCUUUGGUUCCAUGCCAGAUCUCUUCUCAGAAGAAGAUAACAAUGUCGUCGCAGUCGCAGCAUUCGGAUUUGGAUUCUUCAGCUUUGGGUACUCAUAUUUCAUCCACUCCGGCGGCACCCAUGGAUCCCCCCUCCACCUCCUCCACCAUCUCUGAAUCCGAUGAAAAUCCCUGCACAUCAUCUUCACCUUCUUCCGCUCCACCUCCAGUUCACUUACCUCUUUCUUGGCCUCCCGAUGCCACCCUCUCCCUCCAAUGGAUUCACCAUCUCACCGCCGCCUUCGACUGGUCUUCCAAGAAUCUACCUCCAUCCCAGUUUCCUUCCGUCCUUCCCGUUUCCGUUUUCGACACUCUAAUCCUCACCGCUUCUAAAAUCCUCCAUAAGGAACCCAAUUGCCUCAGAAUCCUCGAAGACUCCGUCGCCAGCACUGACUCCACUGUAGUCGUUGUCGGAGACAUCCACGGUCAGUUUCAUGAUCUCCUCUUUCUCCUGCAGGAUGCUGGCUUUCCUUCUGAAAAUCGAUUUUUUGUCUUCAAUGGGGAUUACGUCGACAGAGGGGCUUGGGGGCUGGAAACAUUUCUGCUCUUAUUGGCUUGGAAGGUGUUCAUGCCACAUCGAGUAUUUCUUCUUCGUGGAAACCACGAGUCCAAGUACUGCACGUCCGUUUAUGGUUUUGAGAAGGAAGUGCUAACGAAGUACGGAGACAAAGGUAAGCAUGUCUAUCGGAAGUGUUUGGGAUGUUUCGAAGGGCUGCCUCUGGCCUCCAUUAUUGCGGGAUGUGUAUAUACAGCUCAUGGAGGACUUUUCCGCAGCGUAUCAGUUCCUUCAUCUAAAAGAUCAAAAGGGAAAAAAAAUCGCAGAAUAAGCUUAAAUCCUGAGGCCAACGGGUUGUCUCUUGGUUCUUUGGAGGAACUAUCCAAAGCCAGAAGAUCGGUUCUUGAUCCCCCAUGGGAAGGCUUGAAUUUAAUACCUGGUGAUGUGCUGUGGUCCGAUCCCUCGAUGAAUCCUGGUCUCUCCCCAAAUAGAGAGCGAGGCAUAGGUCUUUUGUGGGGUCCUGAUUGCACUGAAGAAUUCUUGAAAAAAUUCGGCCUGAAGUUAAUUAUCAGAUCCCAUGAAGGUCCUGAUGCUAGAGAAAAAAGGUCCGGUCUUGCAGGGAUGGAUCAGGGUUACACAAUAGAUCAUGUUGUAGAUUCUGGGAAGCUGAUUACUUUGUUUAGUGCUCCUGACUAUCCACAAUUUCAGGCUACCGAGGAGAGGUACAAAAAUAAAGGUGCAUAUAUUGUUCUUGAACCUCCAAACUUGGACGUUCCAAUCAUCCAUAGUUUUGAAGCCAUUACUCCAAGACCGAAGCACUGGAGAAAAAUUUCUAGAGGUGGUGCCAAGCUUCCUUGCAACUCUAGGGAAGUGGAACUUAUAAAUCCAUCUGGUGGGAACAAAGAAUCCGUCAGUUAAGGAGAAAAUUGGCUGAUUCCUAUCAGUAGAGCAAUUGGAGAGUGGGAGAUCAACCAAGGAGAUGUAGUUCAACCUUUGCACACUAUAAGUAACUCUACCACCAGAGGAUCUCCCAUGGUUGCACCAAUAAAAGUCACCUCCUAGACAUCAACAUCAUUCAUAAAAAACCAGAAAGAGCCUCCAAGUCCUCCCAAAAGUGGUUCCUAUUUAUGAUCAGAAGGGUUCACAUGGGAAUUGCCCCUGGAAGCACCAGAUGGUUCCAAUACAGACCAGCCCAUGUACUGAGUCUCAAAGAAUUGGAGAGUUUUUCUCAAAAAAAAAAAACAAAAAACAAGAAGAAAAGAAAAAAGAAUUUAACCGAGAGUCUAUCAACCAUGUCACAUUUAGGAUAAAAAAUGACAGUAUCAAGGGUGCAUUUAAUUAUAGUAUCUUUAAUGUAACAUCUUUGGGGUCUCUUAUUACAUUCGAGCUAAGGAUAAGGAUCUUUAUGGAAAAAUGGAAAAAUAUUUGGAGACUGCCGAGCAAGUAUUGUGGUCAUAGUUCAAUUUAGCAAUGAGAACUCAAGGAAGGGCAAGAGUAGAAAUGGAUGGCUCUCUUUUCUGCAUCCCAACCUCUUCAGCAGCUAGAAUGGAGUUGAAGAUGUUUUCAGAAACUCUUCAAAGGCACGAGUGGAAAUGGAUGGCAGUGACCACUUAAUAAACUCCAAGUUCUAUGUGCCCGCUUUGAGGUGGACUAGGAAAGGAAACUGGGUAUGCACUGCGAAAAGGAUGUAGAUGUAAAUCCAAUUCCACUUCGCAUUUGUAGCCCAUUUUACUUGUCUUAUAAUGGAAAACUGUUGUGCUAUCAGCUAUGCCGCUUGAUUACUUACUAAUGCCACGGAAAUGGAGUUUCUCAAACUGUUCUUGAUUU